GGCUUGCCCAGCAACACCAUUACAAAUAAAGAAAAACCACUUCUCCUGCCACCUUCAGGGAUGUGUGGACAAGCACCCCUAACAUUCUCCUUUUUUCCGUGAGCUUCCUAGUGUUGUGCCAUUCAUUGAGUACUCCCUUGUUUUGUUCCUUCUUCCUAACUUUGAUAUCCAAAUUACAUCUGUCACAGUUAUUAGAAUUAUCAACUGCCAUAUUAUUCCGAUUCAUAUUUAUUUGACUUUUAGGUAUAUUUCAUAUGAUUUAAAAAUAAAGUUGUGCUCAAUUCAAAAAUCCGUGACAUUAGUGGCCGUUUUCUAAAAUGAGGGUUUUUUUUGUGAAAGAGAACCUUACAUAAGGGCGAUACCGUCUGUAUUUAAACCACAUUCUCGUCUAUAGAAUCUCACGUAAUUCUGACGGUGACGCAUUUUGUGUAACGGCCAGAGGUGAAGUUGGUGGGGUCGGGGUUUAUCAAGGAGCAGUCGGAUUGUUUAAAGCGAAGAGACAUGUCCGGAGUCCAACUGUACGUCUCCAGUGUGUCAUCAUCGAGAGAGGUCAGAUCUCAACAGUCAGAAGUGGAAAGAGUGUUGGAAAUAAAACAAAUAAACUACAAACUGAUCGAUGUUUCAGUCAGUGAAGAAAUCCUGGAAGAGAUGAGGAAUAGGACAGGCAAUCCCACAGCUCUUCCACCACAAAUAUUCAAUGAUGAUUGCUACUGCGGGGAUUACUGGCAGUUUUAUGAUGCUGUGGAGAACGAAGAGAUUGAUCACUUUUUAAAACUGAAAGAGAAAGAGAAGUUUGACUGUAAAGUUUCAACUGUCUGCAAUGAAAAUUAUACUGCGGAAGGCUGAUACUACAGAUGGUGCAUUGCACAGCU